CCGGCCCCUCCCGGCAGCCAGGCCGCGGCUCCCUCCCUCCCUGCGGGCCGCGCUCGCUCUGCUCCGCCCGGCAGCGGGGCCGGCCCGUGGCGAGGCGGCGCCGGGACUCUGCCCAGCCCGCAGCGGGAGCGGGGCUCGGGCUUGGAUCCGGAUCCAGCCGCCCGGCUCGUUCCCUGCGGAGCAGCCUCGCCCGGUGCCCCCAGCCCGGCCAGCGGGAGCUCCCGGGGCCGCCCCCGGGCCGCGGUGAGGGGCGCGCCCGGGCCGGGACAAAGGGCCAUGGCCGAGCGGGCCGCUGCCCAGGAUCAGGAGUGGGACAUGGAGCCCCAGCAAUGGUCACCUUUCCAACCUUCUGCUGUUCCUCAACAAACUUCUGCUAAAGAGACAAAGCCAAACUCUGUAGAGAUUUCGCUUUGGACUGUUCUAGCUGCAAUUCAAGCGGUGGAAAAGAAGGUUGAUUCUCAUGCCGCGCGGUUACUGAACCUGGAGCGUAGAACAGUGACAACAGAAAAGAAAUAUUUUGACUGUGAGAAAACAGUAGUGGAUUUUGGUAAUCAAAUGGAGAGUAAGUGGGCCGCGCUGGGAACUCUGAUCCAGGAGUAUGGGCUGCUGCAAAGGAGGCUGGAGAACAUGGAGAACCUGCUGAAGAACAGGAACUUCUGGAUCCUGAGGCUCCCCCCAGGCACUAAGGGGGAAGUUCCCAAGGUCCCAUUGGCAUUUGAAAAUGAUGCCGUUUACUUCUCUGAGCAAGAAUGGCAGAACUUAGAGGAAUGGCAGAAAGAGCUCUACAAGAACGUGAUGAAGGGGAACUAUGAAUCUCUGAUCUCGCUGGACUAUGCACUCUCCAAACCUGACCUUCUGGCACGGAUUGAACGAGGGGAAGCGCCCUGCGAGGGGGAGGAGGGAGACGCAGAGGAAAGAGGAAUCCCUGCAGAGCCCAGCACAGAAUCGCUGGUGUAUACGCUUGAUGCGACCUGCCAGAGUGAAGGCGAGGAAGAGCCGUGCAUCAAGGGACAGGAGAACUCGGAGGAAAGCGAGAUCCCGGCUGAACCCCCAAUCGAGCGUGCAUUUUCCCAGCCAAGCUGUGUGUCCCGGAUAAAGCGAGAGGAGGAGCUGUGCAUCGAGGAGCAGGGGGCCUCGGAGGAGGGGGAGAUAUUCUCAGGGCCCAGCACUGCAGAUAAUGGAAUCAUGUUCAAAACUGAGCUGCUGGAGCAUGGGGAACGUCUCAAAAACUUGCAGCUGCAAAGGACGUUAUCUGGAAUGUCUGAAGAAAUUGUGGUCCAGACUCCCAGGGAGGGAAGGCCUUUGGAUCAUCCAGACAGCUCAAUAAUGCAGCAAAGGAACCAUGACAAGAACAGGCCGGUAGAGUCAGUCCCUGGGGAGGAAAGCUUCAGGGAAAGCAACGCUGUACCUUUUUACCGGCGCAGCUGCCCAGGUGAGAGACCACAUGUGUGUGCUGAGUGUGGGAAAGGCUUUCGGCUGAAGAAGAGCCUCACAAUGCACCAGAGAAGCCACGCAAAGCUGGGAUGUUAUGAACCUGCAGAGUGUGAGAAAAGCUUUGUGUACAAGCAGCACUUGACGAUGCACCCGAGACUCCACACUGGAGGGGCCACUUACAGCUCUGUGGAGUGUGAGGAAAGCUUCAAACAGAAUCACCACCUGAAAUCCCACCCCAGAAUCCAGACAGCGGACAAGCCUUACAGUGCCACUAAAUGCACGAAAAGCUUCAGUGUCAAACCACCGUACAGGCAGCACCAGAAAAGCCACGUGCGAGAGAGACCCUAUAAGUGUAAUAAGUGCCAGGAGUGCUUCUCUCAGAAGAAAGGCCUCAUCACGCAUCAGAGAAUGCACACGGGAAGGAGUGGAGGGUCGUUAAUGUGCACGUACUGUGGGAAGAACUUCAGUCACCCCUCGGAUCUGAUUAGACACCAGCGGAUCCACACGGGGGAGAGACCCUACCAGUGCACUGAGUGCACAAAAAGUUUUACGCAAAAGCAGCAUCUCCUCCAACAUCAAAAAAUCCACACCCGUGAGAGGAACCGUAUAAACGUGCAGAACAUGAGAGAGGCUUUGCUGGACAACAUCUUCUUCUAGCUCACACAGGGCCCCCUCAGUGCGAUGGCCCUGUACUGUUGCCAUGAGCUCAUUGCUGUAGACACUCAAAAGAAACAAUUUACCGCCAAAGGAUGCACACUGUAGAAUAGGGGCCACACAAACUUCUUGCUGGAGUGGUGGUGUGUUGCGGUAUCUUGUAGCUCGCUUGAAAAAUACUUUUAAUGUGAAAUGCUCCAAGUUUAAAAAAAAACCAAGUAAACUGAAUCACUUAAUUGAAGUGAUAACGAAAUAUGUUUCUCGGGAAUGUCUGCUAUUUGUCUGGAAUUGGCAAUAUGUAAGCUACUCCCCUCGAUGAUAUCCUGCAGCAGUCAGUUCCAUAAGUUAGUCACAUGUCGUACAUGCCCCAAACAGUCUACAGGUUACUAAAAGUAUACACACACAGGGCAUUAAGUGACACCCUUGCUGACAGCAGGGCUUUGGAGCAGAGCCUGGAGCUGGAGCCCGGAGCAGCUCCAGAGCAGUGGAGCUGCAGGUUUUUGCCUGGAGCUGGAGCGGAGCCGGAGCACAGCUCCAAAGCCCUGGCUGACAGUCUCUGUGCAGAUCCCAGGGAAUGGGAGUUGGUUGCUAGGGGUAGGGCAGUGAUGAGGCAUAUGGACAGGGCAGAUAGAGGAAGUUUGCUCUGCAGCUGCCAUGUUCCCUAGAACUAUCCUUCCAGCUCCUUAAGCACUGAAACUGACUUCUCAUGUGCUGUCAGUUGGGCCAAAUUCUUUCUAAAUGACACUGUAAAUCUGGGGAAACCCACUGAAGACUCUGGAGUAAUUCCGCCUUAUGCUGCAGUAGCUGUGAUCAGAAUUUGGUCCCAGACUCAUCGCACAUGAGUACAUCUGCAGGCGAGAGCGCAUUCGCAAGGUUUCCUUUUAUACCUCUGUUUAAGACACAAACAAUGCAAUUGAAUAGAAAAACAAUUUGUUAGCAGGAGACAGCACUUUCACUACACUCCAAUGUGUACUGAAUUUCAUAUUGCAGUGAAUUACUGUCUUGAUUGCCCUCUUUUUCCUGGUAGUUGUAGCAUAAUAUUUCUGUUUAUUUAUUAUCUGGUCGGUAUUUUUCCCGUCUAUACAGUAUUUUGUUUGUUUCCUUUCUGUGCAGCUCAUGGUGUGUCUGCUUCUCUUAUUCUCCUCUCAGUUCUUUUACUCUCAUUUUUAGGAAUCAGGUCUUGCCAUACUCGGGGACUGUUAACUAUAUGUUACCAAGCUGUGUGAGUCUAUUUGGUACAUUGUCUAAAUGUUUAGAUCCCAGCUACACUGGGGCUAAAACUGCUACCUGAAAUGUUUUAAACAUGUUUUAAUUGGUCACUAGGCAGGGCCACAUCAUAUUAAUCCUGGGUUAGAAACUAUAUUGUCCUCUCCUGGGUUCCAGUUUGGGCCUGUAACUGGUGUCGAGUUGUUAGGACUGUGGCCCCUCGUGGAGGGGCAGAGCUGCUCCACUGAUUCAGUCUGGCAGCCAGACCUGGGUGGGUCUCAUAAGCUCCAUUUGGGAACAUCAAAGGCUGUGGGCCUUUAAGGAAGAGAGAGGUAAAGGGCGACCUGCAGGCAGAAACUUCAAUAUAGUUUUUCAGGAGAGAGUUGGCUGGUGAUUGACUUAGUUUCAGUACGGUCCUGCCACAAGGUCUUGUUCAGUCAUUUAAAUAAAGGCAAACUCCAGAAGGGCACUGAAUUUGGACAGUAACCAUUAUGGGAGCAUGGAGUGGGGACUCUAGCCAUUUACAGGGCCUUUCCCCACUCCCUACUUAUCCCAAUUUCGGUCCAUCCGCACUCCUGAGCCAAUCUGGGUUUAAACCCAAUGAACCUGAGUAGUUUAAAAAAAAAAAAACAGUUCAUGACUCUUUUAGCCCUUGUGCAGCUGGGAGUUCAUAUUUAAUAUACUGUGUUGGAUUUUUAGUUGAGAAGUUUAUUUUUCCCAGCAUUGGUGAGUUCUUUGAUUUACCAGUGGCUCUGAGGGUUGUGAUCAGGUCUCUUGUUUGUCUCUGUAUUCAUUUUUCAAAGUGUACUAAUCCAUGAGCACGUCAGGCUUCACCUGUGCCACAAUGCUGCACACCCUGAACCACCCGAGGGCAGCAGGGUUAGAACCCAGGUCUUCCAGAAACACAGGGCCCUGCCACAUGUGCAAAAGGAGAAUCUCUCUUAGCAUUUAGCAACAUAGGGCCUGUGGUAGGUGGAGGAACACUUCUGAUUUUGUCCAGUACACACACACUAGCCAGUUCUUCAGUGUCUGUUUUUUUAAUUACUUCACUUAACCCCCUUAUUUCCCUUUUAAACUUGUACUGUUUAGACUGUGAGUCCUCCAGGGACUGUCUGUCUCUGUCAAGUGCCGGGUAAAUUGACGGCAGUAGAUACUUGAUUAUUAAUAAUAAUAAAAUUAAGCUUGAACAAAC